AUGUUUCCUCUUUCACGCUCUCCACCUCCUUUCUUCCUUUCAUCCUUCACUGCUUGCUUACCCUCUCCUCCUCCUUCUUCUCUUCCUCCUCCUCCUCCUCCUCCUCCUCCUCCUCCAUCUCCUCCUUCUUCCUCCUUCUCCUUCUCCCCUCCUAUAAUAAUUCUAACUUCUCUUCUUCUUCCCCCUUUACGAACUCCCCCAUCUCUCCCCCUCCUCUGGUUAGGUUAUAUAUUAUUUUCACAUUUUUCCCUUAAUCUUCGUUGUUGUCGUCGUCAUCAUCAUCAUCGUCAUCAUCUUCAUCAUCAUCAUCACCAUCAUCAUCACCACCAUCACCAUCAUCACCAUCAAUCAUCACCAUCAUCACCACCAUCAUAAUUGCAAUUAAUACCUUUAAAAAAAUAAUAACAAUAAAGGCAAAUGUACGUACAUACUUAAUAUAUGAAAAAAAGAACACUGAAUUCAUACAUUCUUUAUACUCAUAAGUACCACAUAAACUAACAUACUCUUUACGUAAAAUAUAAACCAGAACCAUAAAACAAACGCCAAAGUAAGUUCACUCACUAUCAACCAACAAACAUAUACAGAUGAAUGAGUAAAUGGGUACUGUGCAUCCUUAUUACUCACCUUUACCCAUACAACAUUGACGUCUAGGAACCCAUAGCAGGACUGUCCACCCAUCCUCUGCAGUCUCGUGUUUGGCUGAGUGGCGAGACAGUACCGGCCUGGGUUCAGAUCAAUAGUGUUCCCUCAUCUGUGUGUCGUGUGGUGCUGGUCUUGUGUGUGGU